AUAUGGAGAUAUUCACGAUUGCAGGAAUCACCUUUGCAGUGAUAGGCGGAGCUACCACUGCCUAUAACGUCGGGAAAUUGGCAAGAAUAAGGAGAAAGACAGAUCCCACAGAGUCCAUCCACCUAGACUUCAGCCGCUGCUCAAAGUACCAGAUAGAGAGGGUAUGUGAUAUCACUGAAAUUUCAUACAGUAUAAAAGACGAGGGUGGACGCCACUUGUAUCAAGUGUCGAAAUUCAAGCCUACUUCAAACAGGACUUUGGGAAGCCUAAGUCACCGAAAGAUUGCCUGUUGGAGCGUAUUUGACAAAAUUCAAGGCAUGGAGGUGGCUCGGAUCGGAUCAAAUAAGCAGACGACAUUUAUUGAGUUUCACGCCAACGUUGAAUACCCUGGAAGUGUGUCAAACUUACCGCAGGAUGUGGAAGAAACGAGGUGGGAUUUCUUGGGUGUUAAGGAAGUUACGUACACCAUUAGGCCAAAGGGGACGAAACAAAGUAAGGCAACCUCCCACCAGCCUCAGGAAGUUUCAAACUUGAUAGCCAAUUUACCUCCAUCUAUAGACAUUGGACAUCCAAAACCUUCCUCCGAACAUUUCCCCUUGGCACGGUACUUUCCUCCGCUCUGUGCCCAAAUCAAGGAGGAAAGAAGUCGGAAGCUUAUCGAGGUUGAUCGGCAGAAGGACUGGGGGAAAUUUCAGCUCAGAAGCGAUCCCAAGGCAGGUGAAUAUUGCUGGAGGGAAUAUUCCGCAUUCUUAGAACGAAUUUCCGGAAAAGACAUGGGCUACGACGAGGUUCACGAGCAGUUGUCUAUGAUGAAGUCUGUCCCUGGCGGUCAUAGGUAUCUCAUCUAUAUCGAUGAGGAAAAAGUGGACUUGCUCGUCGUGCUCUGUAUUGCCACUAGUAAUCUUAUACUCAGCUCAAAGAGAAAUCUAUGGAGUCGCUCGAAUUUCUGA